GUUUGUAUAACUUUUUUAUACUUACGAGAUAGAAAAUGGGGAAAUCUCCAGAACAAGAACACCCGAAGAAGGCCUUUGGAUGGGCGGCUAGAGAUUCGUCUGGUGUUCUCUCUCCCUUCAAGUUCUCAAGAAGGGAAACUGGCGAGAAGGACGUGACAUUCAAAGUAUUGUACUGUGGUAUAUGCCAUUCGGACCUUCACACAAUCAAGAGUGAGUGGGGGAUUACUACCUAUCCUCUAGUUCCCGGGCAUGAGAUUGUUGGUACGGUGACAGAAGUGGGAAACAAAGUACAAAAAUUUAAAGUUGGAGAUAAAGUAGGUGUUGGAUGCUUGGUGGGUUCUUGCCAAUCUUGUGAUAAUUGUUCCAAAAAUUUGGAGAACUACUGCCCCAAAAUGAUACAAACCUAUGGUUCCAAGUACCACGACGGAACCAUGACACAUGGGGGUUAUUCUGACAUCAUGGUGGCUGAUGAAAACUUCAUUGUCCGUAUUCCUGACAAACUACCUCUUGAUGGUGCUGCUCCUCUCCUUUGCGCUGGGAUCACAACUUACAGCCCCUUGAGACUUCAUGGCCUUGACAAACCCGGUAUGCAUAUUGGUGUGGUUGGUCUAGGUGGUCUAGGACAUGCAGCCGUGAAGUUUGCCAAGGCUUUUGGGGUUAAGGUCACAGUGAUUAGUACCUCCCCCAACAAGAAGGAAGAAGCGAUUAAUCGUCUCAAAGCUGAUUCAUUUUUGGUUAGCCGUGAACAAGAUCAAAUGCAGGCUGCCAUGGGCACAAUGGAUGGUAUUAUUGACACGGUUUCUGCAGUCCACGCUCUCUUGCCUUUACUUGGUUUGUUGAAGUCUAAUGGGAAACUUGUAAUGGUUGGUUUACCAGAAAAGCCUUUUGAGCUUCCAAUUUUUCCACUGGUCGCGGGAGGGAAGAUAGUAGCUGGUAGUUGCAUUGGAGGUUUAAAGGAAACGCAAGAGAUGAUUGAUUUUGCAGGCAAGCACAACAUAACAGCUGACAUCGAAGUUAUUCCAAUUGAUUAUUUGAAUACAGCGAUGGAGCGUCUUGCCAAAGCCGAUGUUAGAUACCGAUUUGUCAUCGACAUUGGAAACACAUUGAAGUCUGCCGCUUAAAAUUUUCACAUUCUAAACUCAAACAGUGGUGAGAGGAAAAUAGAUUGUGUUUUAUUUGGUGGUCUACGUUGUUAUUGUAUACUUUCUUUUAUAAACGUCUCUUCUAAUGACGACCCAUAGUACAAUGUGAUAGGC